GAGGUACCUAAGCUAACCAAGCUAACCAACCUUAGUUUCCUAACCUGCCUCCUCCCUCACCGUACAAACUCCCUCUACCUACCUACUUCUACAUGCAACAUUCUUCACCUCCCUAAAUCCUCAACCCGUGUUGCUUGCCCAGAGUUGCCAAUGCAGUGUUUGCUUGGGGGCCUUGGGUCGACCUUUUCCAUCCCUCUUCCCGCUCUUCUCACUUCCUCCCCCUCUCCCUCAACACGGUGGCAUCGUGGUCACGUCUGUCGCCCUGAGGCUCGACUCGGCUCCCACCCGCCAACCCUAGUCCGUCUCCUGCCAAUCUAAUCUAGCUUUGGGUGCUGACCUCCCCAAACAUCGUUGAGGGGCGACAUCCCAUUCUCGGCAUUGCGCAUCCUGUUUGAGCCCGCGGGAGGAAGAAAACUGCAGUCACCGUACCACAGAAGAGCUUCGCCUCGCUUGUCCUACAUCUACCUCCCGACACCUCACACACCUCCUGUCGCAUCGGGCCCGCGACGACGACUAUAUUCCCCCUUCCCCUAUACGAUGACUACACAUCCAGCCGCGAGCCCUCCGGAUACAAAACCCGGUAUGUUCUGCCACCUCUGCCACCUCGAGCGGCAUCUGGCCUUGGUAACUCAUCCGAACCGCCCUCCCCAGAACCGCAGGCAGCACCACCAGCUUCAAUGGCCACCGACAGGGACCCCAUCACCUGCCACGUCCUAGACACCUCCGUGGGAAGGCCCGCCAGGGGCAUCCACGUCAAGUUGGAAGGCGGACACGCCCCCCUCAAGACCUUUGAGUCCCUCACCGACGACGACGGCCGGGUCAAGGCCUGGCUUCCUUACUCCAGCGUCCACUCCUCCGGCGAUGUGCCGACCUACACCAUCGAUGACGUCCUGAGCGAGGUGGAGGACAAGUCGACCUGGACCCUGCGCUUCGACACCGGGUCGUAUUUCGGCGAGGGCAAGACCUUCUUCCCCGAGGUCCAGGUCACGUUCAGCGUCCUCAAGGGCCAGCACUACCACGUGCCGCUGCUGCUGUCCCCUUAUAGCUACACCACCUACAGGGGAAGCUGAGCGAACUGUUAGAGGAGGAGGAGGGGGUGGCCACGGGGGUGGAGACUUGGAUUACCUUACGGAGCAGUAGAGGGGGGGGGCGGGACAACACAAGCCCCUGAGAGGAUACGAAGGCCGCCACAGGGGCCUAGCCUAGCUCUCCAACCGCGCUAAGUCGGGGAACCAACGCAGUCUUAGGGAUGGAUACGGAUAUCUACCAGUGACAGAGAAACAGCCCAGCUGCGCUGAAUAGGACGCCCAGGUUGCAGCAGGAGUCGGAGAGCCUUUUCCAUAACCAAAAAAUAGCCACUCGAAUAAAUUGACAUACCUAACU